AUGAGCUCCGACAAUGCGCCCACUCCACGAGAGCCACGAAGUGAUGCAUCUGCAGGGCGAAGACGGCAGGCCCGUUCUUCAUCACGACCGAGAGGCACGGGUACACCUCGAGGGCCUCCAUCGGUCAGCACACCGGGCAUGGGCAGCGACAUCGAUGGCUUUGCAGACGACGAAGUAGUGGGAAGACGUGGCAUGAGGCGAGCAGCAACAGGCGCGGGAGAUAUACCACCAGUUGUCGACACGACGGCAGAGACACUAGGCAUACAGUUCGAACGCUUCUUGGAGAACUUCACAGAAGACCCUACACCAUCAGCACAGCCAAUAUCGAGUGCAGUGACGACAAACAAGUAUUACAUUGCGCAAGUUCACGGCCUCGCGCAGUUCGGUCUGUCUACACUUUAUGUCGACUUCACGCAUCUCAUGGACCACGAGCGAGGCAUCCUCGCCAACGCCAUACAGGGGGACUUCUAUCGUUUUCAGCCAUACAUGCUCCGUGCCUUGAAUAGUCUCAUUGCAAAGUAUGAGCCUCAGUAUUAUCGCAUGCACAGACAGCCUGGCUCCACGACCGCGAGAACAGAUACGUCGCAAGCUACACAGAGCAUCAGUGAGGAUGAUGAGGGCAAUCUCAAUGACAAGACCCCGAAUCAACAAACGGACAAGAUAUUUACACUUGCCUUCUACAACCUACCUCUGGUGUCUCGAGUGCGCCAGCUCAGGACUGAACAGAUCGGCAAGCUGGUCUCAAUUUCCGGGACAGUGACAAGGACGUCAGAAGUUCGACCCGAACUCCACCUGGCAACAUUCAUCUGCGAAGUCUGCAAUAGUCUCGUACCAGAUGUGGAGCAGAUCUUCAAGUACUCGGAGCCGACGCAGUGCCCGAACGCAACAUGCGGGAAUCGGCAAGGCUGGCGACUCGACAUUCGCCAGAGUACGUUCAUUGACUGGCAGAAAGUCAAGAUUCAGGAGAACAGUUCCGAGAUUCCGACCGGUAGCAUGCCGAGAACCAUGGAAGUCAUCCUGCGAGGAGAAAUGGUCGAUCGUGCAAAGGCUGGAGAGAAAUGCAUAUUCACUGGUACUCUGAUUGUAGUACCCGACGUGAGCCAAUUCAGAGUCCCGGGUAUGAGAGUACAAGCCGUUCGCGACACACAAGCACCACGCGGUUCUGAUACCGGAGGCGCCGGCGUGUCUGGACUAAAGGCCCUUGGUGUACGCGAUCUCACCUACCGGAUGGCCUUUCUUGCCAAUAUGCUUACUCCUGACACUUCGACACAAGGUCGGCAUUCUAGCCAAAAUCUGAAGGGCCAGGCUGGCAACCUCAUGAGCUCGCUCGCGCAAAACGUUGACAGCUCUGAUGGCGUGAGUGGCGAGAAGGCACAGCAGGAGUAUCUCGACACGCUUACUCCAGCAGAAAUCGACGAGCUGCGGGACAUGGUACAGUCAGACAAUAUCUACAUGAGACUUGUUGAUUCGCUUGCGCCUAUGGUAUAUGGUCAUACCAUCGUCAAAAAGGGAUUGCUUCUGCAGAUGAUGGGUGGUGUCAGCAAGACUACUCCAGAAGGCAUGGCGCUGCGUGGCGACAUCAACAUCUGCAUUGUCGGAGACCCAUCCACCAGCAAAUCUCAGUUCCUUAAAUACGUAUGCUCUUUCCUACCACGGGCUGUGUACACUUCUGGCAAGGCUUCUUCUGCUGCUGGUUUGACGGCCGCCGUGGUCAAAGACGAGGAGACGGGCGAAUUCACUAUCGAAGCAGGCGCUCUUAUGUUAGCGGAUAACGGUAUCUGCGCUAUCGAUGAGUUCGACAAGAUGGACAUUGCGGAUCAAGUGGCUAUCCACGAAGCUAUGGAACAGCAAACAAUCUCGAUUGCCAAAGCGGGCAUCCAGGCAACACUGAAUGCUCGUACUUCCAUUCUUGCAGCUGCCAAUCCUGUUGGCGGUCGCUAUAACCGAAAGACAACGCUGCGCGCCAAUAUCAACAUGAGUGCUCCAAUCAUGUCGCGUUUCGACUUGUUUCACGUCGUACUCGAUGAAUGCAACGAAGAUGUUGACGAACAUCUUGCGAAGCAUAUCGUAGGUCUCCACCAGAAGAAAGACGACGCCAUUGAGCCAGAAUUCAGCACCGAACAACUACAGCGAUAUAUUCGCUUCGCACGUCUCUUUCAGCCGGUCUUCACUGAACAAGCAAGACAAUAUCUCGUACAGAAGUACAAGGAGUUACGAGCAGACGACGCGCAAGGUGGUAUUGGUCGCAACUCGUACCGGAUCACUGUUCGCCAGCUCGAGUCGCUUAUUCGUCUCAGUGAAGCGAUCGCCAAGGCAAAUUGUGUUGACGAAGUUACCCCUAACUUCGUCGACGAAGCUUUCAAGCUCCUGCAACAGAGCAUUAUCAGUGUAGAGAAGGACGACGUCGAGUUCGAAGACGAUGAAGAGGCUACCGCGGCAGAAGAUACUGAAGCUGGUGCGGCUCCAGCCGAGGACGAAGAUGCACCAAUGGAUGGCAACGAGCAAGGCGAUGCUGCUACGCCUGCAAGGACGAGAGCCUCGCAAACACCCGCACCAUCACGGCCGAAGACUCAAAUCAAGUUCGACGACUUCAUCAAGAUCCAGACCUUGCUAUUGAAGCGGGUCAACCAAGAUCAGAACGAGGAGCAAGAUGGCGUUGAGGAGAUGGAAUUACUACAAUGGUAUACUGAACAGGUGGAAGAAGAGAUUCAUGAUACCGAAGGCCUCUCUGCACAAAAGAGCCUAGCAAAGAAGGUCUUGAAGCGUAUGGUCAAGAACAAUGUGCUCAUGAAAGUGCAAGGUGAAGGUCUCGCUGAAGAAGACGGUACUGGCCUGGAAAGGACCGAGAGAACAAUAUAUGUUGUUCACCCUAAUUGCUCCACGGACGAUUUGUAA